AUGAAACUUGAGGAUCAAGGAUAUUCGUGGUGGAUUGCUGUGAUAUUUGUGUUUGGUGAAACCGCAGGUUCAGGAUUGGUGGCACUUCCAAAUGCAAUCUUAAAACUAGGUAAGUUGAGCAUAUGAAAUGAAUUUACUUGAAGUACUUUCUUUUCAAUCAGAAUAAUUAAAAAAUUCCAAAAAAUAUUUGAUCUACAAAAAUUGAACUUAUAAAAUGGAAUGGAGCUUAUGAAAUGGAAAAAAAAUAUUCCAGGCCUAAUUCCUGGUUCAAUAUCGCUCAUUUUCAUGUGUCUCAUUCCUCUUUACACCGCUAUUUUACUCGGUAAAAAUUGGCUAGAAAUGAAAUCUCGAUGGCCCGAAUACUCUUCUCAUUGUCGAAAUCCAUAUCCAGAAAUGGCUUUGAAAUCAAUCGGACCAAAAAUGGGAUUUUUCACAAGUUCCGCUUUGAAUAUUUCAACUUUCGGGGGUGGUGCAGUGUUUUCACUUUUGGCCGCAAAAACUCUGGCUGGAGUAUUUGGAACAUCAAUUUGUUGGAUGUUAGGAUUAGUUGGAUUGAUAUUAUGGCCGUGUGUUAUGUUGAAAAGUCCGAUGCAUUUUUGGUAAAAAAAACUAUUCAUAUAGAGAGAUUUCGACUAACUUGAAAAUUUCAGGCAAGUUUCAAUAGUGGCUGCUGGUUCAACAUUAACUGCAGUGAUUUUAGUUCUAUUCGGAUAUUUUCAAGAUUUUGAAACCUGUCAGAAGGUAAACUUUCUGGAUAAAUUUCAGCACAUAAUUUUGAAAACCUUUAUAGGAAUCAGAAUAUCCAGGGUUCGAUGUUUCAUCGUUUUCAAGUAGUAUUGCCACAAUUUUAUUUGCAUUUGGAGGUCAUCCUUGUCUUCCAACAAUUAUUCAUGAUAUGAAAAAUGCCGAAGAAUAUAAAAAGACUUUUUUGAUCAGUUAUUUGGGUGAGUCUAGUGGUGAAAAAAGAUCGACGUUAAAAACCCGUUUGAAAAAUAUUCCUGAAUAUUUUGGUCUUCAGAACGAGUUGAAAAAAAUGAGAAUCCCACAAAAAAAUGUAUUCUAAUUCAAUCACACUUAUACAUUUUAGUAAAAACAAAACGGUGUUCAUCAAUAUCCUCAUUAUUUGGAACUUUUCGCUUCUUAGAAACAAGCUCGAUGCUUGGGCCUAUCUCUUGAACCGUAACUGGAUUUUUUUCCCGCAAAGCUUCGAUGCUUCCAACUCUUCUCCAUUCCAUUUCAUAAGUUACUUCUCGAUCUUUCACUUGAAGUAUUACUAAUAAUACUUUUCGCUCUUCAUCCCACAAAGUGUCAAUGAUAUUUUUCGAAAAUCUUGGUCGAAACUUCUUCCAAUUUUUGAUGAAGAUGUUCUGUGUUAAUACUAUUUUCUGAUUAUGAUGACAAAAAUCAAUUACAAAAGUUUCCGCAAUAUGUUUUCGAUAAAUUAAUGAAGCAUUUACGGGGACGAUCUCAGAAGAAAUCAGAGUGUCCAGAGCUUCAACCGCCUCUUUUGCUGCUUGUUUCAUGAUAAUAUUUAUGGUUGUUACAUUCACAGCUGGUGUAGAUUCUGUGAUCCAAAAAUUGGAACAAAAGAUGAGGAAUGAAUAAGCUUGGAACAUUUUCGAAAAAAUGAAAAAGCAUUCGGAAAUAUUAGAAUAUUGAACAUUGACACGACGUGUUGGAAGUCUAGACUUUGUGAAAAUCUAAACAGUUUGUUUGGUGUUCCAAAGAAAAAAAAGCUAAUUAGUUGUUUUUAGGAAUAUUCUGGAAAGAAAACUAUAAAUUUCAGAAAAAGUUUUCAUACUACAAUUUUUCCAGGCCUCUUCCUGAUCUACACUCCUGUAUCAAUUAUUGGUUAUAUAACUUAUGGCGAUAGUUUGAGUGAUUCAAUAAUUUCCUCCAUUCAAACUGAUAUUCUUCGUCAAUCAAUUUCAAUUUUGAUAGCUGCUCAUGUAUUUUUCUCGAUUUUAAUUAUUGUUAAUCCACUUCUACAGGCUUCAGAACAAUUAUUCGAUGUUAAACAAGGUUUGAAAACAUUUUGUUUAAAAAUAGUAGAUCAAAACUAUUGUGAUCUAACACUUCAGAAUUUGGAAUUGGUCGUUUUCUCAUUCGCUCCGUCGUUUUCUGGACAAUCAUAAUAAUUGCUGGAAUUGUGCCAAAUUUUGGAAUCUUCGUCAGUUUAGUUGGCGGUGGAACUUUCUCUUUAUUGGUCCUAAUUUUGCCUCCACUAUUUUCAAUUGGUUUCGAGACGAAUUUUGAGCUCCUCAGGUAUGUUUCUUCAAAAUCCACACAUGAUUUAUUGAUUUUUUAGGCUGAAGAAGUUACCAAAACUCCGACUGAUCUUUGAAAUUCUAAUAAUUAUUUUGGGAAUCUGGAUAAUGAUAAAUUCCACGUGGCAUUCGGUAUUAACAAUUUCAAACUCAGCGUCAACACAAAAAUCAUGUUUCUCAGCAUUCUGGAGUUCACCAACAUCAAUAA